AUGCUCGAUAGCGAAGAAAACGAUUUCUUUGGUGUAAGCCAGGAUCUCGUGCCUCCUGCGCCCAUAAAGUCGGCGGGUGUCUCAGAGGUGGAUUUCGAUGGCCUACUCUCACCCCCACUCAGGCUCGAGGAAGAUUUGAAGAAUGGCUGUGGUGGACAGUUGUGGCCGGCAGGCAUGGUGCUGAGCAAGUACAUGCUACGCAAACAUCGUGAGGACGUUGCUGGAAAAACUAUAGUCGAGCUUGGUGCUGGGGGCGGGCUCGUGGGGCUGGCAGUGGCAAUAGGCUGCAAGGUGGACACGACACUACAUAUCACGGAUCAAGAGCCAAUGUUCGAGCUCAUGAAGCGCAACAUAGCGCUGAACAAUCUGCAAGAUCGUGUCAGUGCAUCCAUAUACGAUUGGGGUGAGCCUACGCCGUCGGAAUUACCGGCUCACCCGGAUAUCAUCCUCGCUGCGGAUUGUGUGUACUUUGAACCUGCGUUUCCGCUGCUGCAGCAUACGCUCAAGGAUCUUAUUGGCGAGAAUACCGUGUGCUAUUUUUGCUUUAAGAGGAGGAGACGCGCGGAUCUGACGUUUAUGAAGACGGCGCGGAAAAUGUUCGACGUGAAAGAGGAGGACGAUGAUCCGGAUAAGGAGGUGUAUUCUAGGGAGAAGCUGUUUCUGUAA